AUGGCAGAUUGUCGUGUAGUAAGUACUCCAAUGGUAACAGACUGUAAAUUGUCUAAAGUAGAUGAAUCCCUUGAUGUUGAUCAAACUGAAUAUAGGUCUAUGAUAGGCAGUUUAUUAUACUUAACUGCAUCAAGACCUAAUUUAAUGCAGGUAGUGUGUAUGGUUUCUAGAUUCCAAUAUGCUCCUAAACAGUCCCAUCUUACAGUUGUUCAAAGAAUAUUCAAGUAUAUUCAGGGCACUCUUGAUUUUGGCCUUUGGUAUCCUAGAAAUGAUAAUUUUACUUUAAUGUCUUAUCCUGAUGCUAAUUGGGCUAGUUGUCUGGAUGAGAGAAAAAGCACCAUUGGUGCAACAUUUUUCCUUGGUGAUUGUCUUGUGGCAUGGAAAAGCAAGAAGCAAGACUCUGUUUCUCUUUCUACAAUAGAAGAAGAGUACAUCGGUGCUACUUCUUGGUGUACUCAGCUACCAUGGAUGGCUCAAACUCUUAUGGACAUGGGUAUUAUUGUUGACAAACCUAUUCCUAUAUUCUGUGAUAAUACUAGUACUAUAAGUCUAUCUAAACAUUCGGUCAUGCAUUCUCAAAUGAAGAACAUUGCUAUUAAAUUACUCUUUCUUCAUGAAAAGGUGUUUGCUAAUGAAGUCACUUUGCAAUACAUUCCUACUCAAGCACAGGUGGCUGAUAUCUUUAUUAAGCCCUUGGCUAUAGAAGCUUUUGAAAGGCUUCAUUUGUGA